CUUACUACCACGGCAGGACAUAAUGGCUCCUGCAGCGAAGCGACAACGACUGUCUGAUGGCAGUGCAGCCGCAGUACCCCUUCCUCCCACCACACAGGCAGGCAGUGGUGUUGGCGCAGGUGGUGAGGGCGGUGGACUGAGCAUCGAACAGCAGAAGCAGGCCACGCAGAAGCGCUGCUCGCUCUUUGUGCGCUCGCUGCCCGCCUCGACGACCAACGACCAGCUGACUGAGCUCUUCUCCGACGCCUUUCCCGUCAAGCACGCCACUGCUGUCAUCGAUCCCGAGACCAAGUUGUGCAAAGGAUACGGUUUCGUGACAUUUGCCGAUGCGGAAGACGCUGCGCAGGCCAAGGCGCAAUUCAAUGGCCACGAGCUCGGCGGCAAGAAGUUACGUAUCGAAGUCGCCGAGCCUCGUUCCCGCGACUCAAAGGCAAAAGACGAGGGCAAGGAAAGCGUUGGCCAGCUCAAGCGCAAGGAGGCAGAGGUCGAGCGGCAGCAUCAGCCCUCGAAACUGAUCGUGCGCAAUCUGCCGUGGUCUAUCAAAGGUCCCAAGCAGCUUGAAAAGCUGUUUCAAAGCUAUGGCAAAAUCAAAAAGGCAUAUGUGCCACAAAAGGGCCCCGGACUCAUGGCGGGGUUUGGGUUCGUGAUCAUGCGUGGGCGCAAGAACGCGGAGAAGGCCAUCGAGGGAGUGAAUGGCAAGGAGAUCAAUGGCAGGACGUUGGCUGUUGAUUGGGCUGUCGAAAAGGAUGUUUUUGAGGAGAAUGCAGACGCAGAUGAGGGGAACGAAGCCGAGGAUGCAGAACAUAUGGGCGAAGACCUCACGGGGGAAGACGAGGAUGAUGAUAUAGAGGCGGAAGGAGAGGAGGGAGAGGAGGAGGAGGAUGCAUAUGAAGAGAAUGGGAGCGCCGACGACGCCAGUGAGGACAGUGAUACGCUCGAAGGAGACGACGACGAUGACGGUGAGGGAGACUGGAAUGACCGCCAGCAUGAAAACGCCGAUGAUAAGCCUACCACGCUAUUCAUCCGCAACUUGCCCUUUACAUGCACUGACGAAGACUUGGAGGACCAUUUCCGAGAGCACUUUGGCAGCACACGUUAUGCAAGAGUGGUCAUGGACCACGGUACCGGACGUUCGAAGGGCACUGGGUUUGUCUGCUUCUACGAUAAAGCAGACGCGGAUGGGUGUCUGCGCGGCGCUCCUCUCAAGCCGGUCACAACGGCUCAAGAGAAGAGCAAGGAGGCCAAGCCCACACAAGCUUCACACUCGAUCCUACAGAACGAAAUGGCUGAUGCCACGGGUCAAUACACCAUGGACGGCCGUGUCCUGCAGAUCUCUCGCGCUGUCGACAAGUCGGAUGCGAACAGAUUGGCUGAGGAAAGUGCGAGCCAAAGACACAAGCGUGAUGGGGACAAGCGCCGGCUCUAUCUCUUGGGCGAGGGAACCAUCGCCUCCAACUCCAAGGUCUGGGAGCAGCUGGCUCCUUCUGAACAGGCAAUGCGUGAAGCCAGUGCAAAGCAACGCAAGCAACUCAUCGAGAACAACCCAUCACUGCAUCUCAGUCUCACCCGACUGUCAGUGCGCAACAUCCCCCGCAGUGUGACCAGCAAGGAUCUCAAGGAGUUGGCACGGCAGGCCGUCGUCGGCUUUGCUACAGAUGUCAAGGAAGGCCGCAGAGCGCGGCUGUCAAAAGAAGAACUGCUACGCGGGGGCGAAGAGAUGCAGGCUGCAGAGGCUGCGCGUAAGAAGUCGGGCAAGGGUAUUGUGAGACAGGCCAAAGUUGUGUUCGAAAGCGCUGGUGGUAGCAAGGUGAACGAAGAAAGUGGAGCAGGAAGAAGUCGAGGAUAUGGUUUCAUUGAGUACUACACUCACCGAAAUGCGCUCAUGGGUCUGCGCUGGCUCAAUGGACAUGUCGUGAAGUACCAGGUGAAGGAGGGCAAGGGCAAGCUGAGCCGAGACGAGAUCCAAGAUCGAAAGAAGAGGCUGAUCGUGGAGUUUGCCAUCGAGAACGCACAGGUUGUGAUGCGCAGAAACGAGGCAGAGCAGAAAGCGCGGGCGCGCAGUCUGGCUGUCGAGCAGGGCAUGGCGGCUGCCAACAAGGAUGCGCCGGCCAAAGCUGCUUUCAAGCCUCGAUUCAAAGGUGACAGGCCCGGUUUGCGGAAGCGCAAGAGAGAUGCCGAUGCUGUGCCUCCAUCGAACGCGGCUGCGGACACGCCCAAAAGCGUCGAGAAGGAAAAGCUCGCCAAGCGAAAUCAGAUCAUCGGCAGGAAGCGCGCUAUGCGUGCGCGUCGCAAGGACGGGAAGCGUUGAUAUACUGUGUGAAUGGAAUACAUCGAUUGUUACACCAUUGUUCUUCACGUUCCACCGCAGUGCCCACGGACGCACAGAACAGGCCCUAGAUGCAGAGAUCGCGCACAGCCUCUAGCAUAAUACCGGAUUGUAUUGUGGAGUCUUCACGAAGGAGCCGAUCGGGCUUGCGGUGGUGUAUGGAUUCUGGAGCUGCCCGAAUGCUAUAUCGGCUGUUGAGUGAAUGGAACACUCUGGCCAGCAUGUCCUCAUGUCUUGCGGGACAAGUGACCCUCGAAAACGACCUGGCGUGGGCUCAGUCUGGUGACACCAUUGCACGCCACCAGAAGAAACGAGCGAUCACAAGUGGGGGUGGGCAGUCAUCAUUAUCACGGGCCCGCGGCAUGCCACAGCAUACAUCGACAAGUCGCUGUCGACGUCCAUUGCCCGAGCUUUUCGACCGGGCUCGAGGGUUAUAAUGCUUGAUCUGUGCCACAUGCGUAUGGGUCCGCAGCUGUCAUGGCGGGAGGGACUACAGUACGACUCUCGCAAGCAAAGCCUAAACUAGCUGUACAAGUUCUCCGCUCUGGCCAUUCUGCAUUGACCAAAUUCUGUGGCCACGCCAGUCUGCAGAUAAGUGAUAGAUGGCAGACGCUGGGACUCUUGCGACACCUUUUUUUGCUGGCGGAUGGAUCGUCGAGUGUGUGUGUGUGCCCGUCCGCUCCUCACUGGGACCUAUUCCUGGUCACUGAGCUCGACGAUGGUAGGUUGCUGCUUCAUGUCAUGUAAUACAGCUCUUCGCACAGACAUCAGUCCAGUCUCUGUUUCUUCCCAGGGUCGCCACUGAGCAUGCACUGAACCAGGCAUAUCCACCGUGAUAUGGAGCGUAUUGCACCAUACCAUGUCAU